AUGGCACCCACCGGCCCCAUCACCACGCCGCUCACCACCCGCCUGGGCAUCAAGCACCCGGUCAUCCUGGCCGGCAUGGCCCACGUCGCCGGCGGCAAGCUGGCCGCCGCCGUGUCCAACGCCGGCGGCCUCGGCGUCAUCGGCGGCAUCAUGUACUCGCCCAACCAGCUGCGCGAGAUCAUCGCCGAGAUGAAGUCGCUCCUCACCAGCCCCGACCUGCCGUGGGGCAUCGACCUGGCCCUGCCCAAGAUCGGCGACGGCGCGCGCAAGACCAACCACGACUACACCAACGGCAAGCUCGACGAGCUCAUCAACCUCACCAUCGAGGAGGGCGCGCACGUCUUCGUGUCCGCCAUCGGCACCCCUCCGAAGCACGUGAUUGACCGUCUACACAAGGCCAACAUCCUCGUCAUGAACAUGGUCGGCCACCCGAAGCACGCCCAGAAGGCGCUGGACCUCGGCGUCGACGGCGUCAUCCCGCAGGGCAGCGAGGGCGGCGGCCACGCCAGCAGCGUCGCCACCUCGAUCCUCGUCCCCGCCGUCGUCGACAUCGCCCGCAACUACCGCCCGCCGCUGCUGCGCGGGCAGCCGGCCAUGGUGAUCGCCGCGGGCGGCAUCAGCGACGGGCGCGGGCUGGCCGCGUCGCUGGUCCACGGCGCCGUCGGCGUCUGGGUGGGCACGCGCUUCGUCGCCUCGGCCGAGGGCAACACGAGCGAGGAGCACAAGAAGGAGGUGGUCAGCUGCACGUACGACCAGACGGAGCCGACGCUGGUCAUCUCGGGCCGUCCGCUGCGCCUCAAGGUCAACGAGUACAUCCGGGACUGGCACGCGCGGCCGCAGGAGAUCAAGGCGCUGUGCGACAAGGGCGUGGUGCCGUUCGAGCACGACCUGGAUGAGGGCAAGGAUUUCGACUUUCCGCACAUCAUGGGCCAGGUGGCCGGCUCCAUCAAGUCGGUCGAGCCGGCGGCCAAGAUUGUCGACGACAUGGUCAAGCAGGCCGUGCAGGUGCUGCAGCUUGGCAACUCGUACUUGUCGAGCACGAGUCGACUGUAG